AUGUGGCCGGCGGGGCUAAAGCUAAACAGCCUGAUACCCCUGGCCCAGCUACCGGUGGAGUUGCAAAGUCUGGCUCGUGGCGCCAUCGAUGCUCACCGCAAGGCCUACUGUCCGUACUCAAACUUUGCCGUGGGGGCUGCUCUCCUUCAUAAUGAUUUAAAAAUUACGACAGGGUGCAACUAUGAAAAUUGUGUUUUGAAAAGCUGCUGUGCUGAGCUUUGCGCCAUUGUGAAGAGUAAUUCCGAGGGACUUCGUAAGGCCACAGCAGUUGCCAUAUAUGGGCGCAGUAAGACGUCAAAUGCCAAGAGUUUACCACCUCCUGACACACUCACGCCACCGUGUGGGGUUUGUCGUCAGUCACUCGUCGAAGUUGCGGAUCUAUCCAACAACUACGAAAGCUUUCUUGUCGUCUUGGUUUCCCUGGACAGGCAGCAUGCAAAAGUGUUAAAACUAUGCGAUCUCAUCCCUCUUAAAUUUGGUCCUUCUGAUAUUGGUAUGAAUGUAUCUCAAUUACAAGAACAAGUAGAGGCGGACGAGGAAAUUAGCAAAAAAAUAUAG